AUGGAGUACGACACGAAGACUCUACCGUCGCACACAAGCGACAAGAAGUCGUUCGGUUUCUUCUCUGCGAGAGAUCGGUGGCCCGUGAUUUUGACAGGCGCUAUAGACGACGUGCAUCGCGCAACAUCGAAAUGCACUGAUUUGGAGAAGGCCGAAGAGGGCAAGAAGAUCACGCAGGGUCUCGCUACGCUCAAGUACGAGCUGCAGCACAAUCGGGACUUGACACCUCUACCAGACGAUGGCAGCCCAGACAUUGCAGGCUACAACGAUGAGCUCAAGCAGCGCGGCAAUCCAAAUUGGUUCAAUGUCAGCUGGCUCUAUUCAGAAUGCUAUCUCUACAGACGGAUAAGCACUCUUUUCGCCCUGUCCACUUACUGGAAGAACUACGAUGUCUUUUCUCAACAGAAGAUGUCCACCUUCCGCUCUUCCCGCCCAGCAGUUAUCGAGUUGGCCGCUCGCUACAACGACCUCACCCGGCAACUCCAAUCAUCACAAUCUUCCCUGGCCGGAGCUUCAAACCAGAAACGUGAGGAAGCGGAAAAGACACUCUUCAUGGAGAUGUGUGAGAUCUGCCUCUGGGGCAACGCCACCGAUCUCUCCCUCCUUACCAAUCUCUCCUAUGACGACAUUCAGAAGCUACAAGGGUCGGAAAGUAGAAAGGCCAACGAAAAGAACAUCCUCGUCAACAAUCUUCCGGCGGCUUUCUCGUGCCUCAAGUCAGCACAACAGAACGUCAGCAAGGAUCAAGAGCGUCGAGUCGAUAUCGUGCUCGACAACGCCGGCUUCGAGCUUUUCGUUGACUUUAUCUUGGCUGGCUAUCUCUUGCAAUCCGGACUUGCGACACACAUAGUUCUUCAUCCCAAGAACAUCCCCUGGUUUGUCUCAGACGUCGUGCCAAAGGACUUCUCGGACCUUCUCAACGUCCUUCUUAACGCAAAGAGCUUCUACGAAACCCCAUCGGAAUCAGAUACCGCCGACGGGAAGACUCCACCCCCUCUGUCGGAGAAGGAAGAGACGGAUCUGAGGCAGCUGUUUGACAACUGGAGCUCCUUGUAUGCCGAAGGCAAGAUCAUCCUCCGUCCGAACGCAUUCUGGACAGAAGCGGGAUCCUACUGGCGCUUGUCGCAAACGCAUCCAGAGCUCUGCGAAGACCUGAAAUCUUCCGAGCUGGUGAUCUACAAAGGCGACCUCAACUACCGCAAGCUCACAGGUGAUGCGAUGUGGGAUCCGACCACCCCGUUCACAGAAGCCAUCGGCCCGUUGGGACCAGGUUCGGGUUUGCGGACACUGGCGCUGAGGACUUGCAAGGCGGAUGUUGUGGUGGGGCUGCCGAAGGGCGUGGAUGAGAAGAUUAGGGAGGAGAGGGGUGAGACUGGUGAGGAGGUUGGCAGGAAGUGGGCGUGGAGUGGGAAGUAUGCUGUGGUGAGCUUCUGCGAUGGGAAGGCAUGA